AUGAGAAGAAAGCUUCACUUCCACGAGCUUUUGUUUCUCUUGGUGCUUUUCAAUAGCCUCUUGGAGGAAAAGAAGUACGUUAUUUGCGCACGUGAAGAAACUGCGCUCGACAGUGAAAGAGAGGAAAGGAAAGAACAUGCCAAAAAAGCGAAAAACGAAAAAACGACAUCGAAAACGUCUUCAAAACGAUUUUUUUCCAUUUCUUUGUGUUUUUUUUUUGUCUCGUAUUCCUUUUUUGUUCUCAAAAGAAAACAUUUACCAGUUGUUUGUUUGCGUGCGUGUGUGUGUGUGCUCUUCAACUUUUUCUUCUUGUUGAUGGCUCAUCACGCAAUCAAACACACACGCAAAGGUGCGGCCAGCCACUCUCUCGUUCUGCUUUUAUUUCUUUUCCUUCCAUCUCACUUCUUCGUCAGCGGAGUUCCCGUUCUCUUUUUCCUUCCCUCACGCACAGCUCCCAAUUUGCAAAGAGGAAGAAAGAAAGUGGCGCUCCCCUACGCAAAAGCGACCCGUGCAAUUUUUUUUGUUGUUCACGCUGCGCAUAUCCAGUUCGGCUGUGUGAUUCAAUAUCUAUCCAUAUAUGUUUACAGCGAGUGGCCGAAGGGAAAAUGA